AUGGCCAAUAAGACUGACCCGAAAUCGUCGACUGUAUCAUUUACGGAACCCGAUUCAACCAGCUAUUCGUCCUUCCAACGCGACAUCUACCAAGCCUUUCGGUCUCCUCUUUUUUCAACGAAACCCUCAGAAUGGGAGGCAUUGGCUCGGUCUAAGGUCCCUCCGGCUAACUUCGACUAUGUCCAUGGCUCCGCAGGCACAUCGGCCACCGCUGACGCCAAUGUUGAAGCCUUUUCUCGUUACCGCCUCCGACCGAGCUGCUUGGUCAAUGCCACCAGACGAGAUGUUGGCGUGGAGCUGUUUGGCACAAAGUACAACAGCCCGUUGUUAGUUGCUCCAAUUGGCGUUCAAAACAUCAUGCACUCAGACGCCGAAGAGGCCACGGCCAGGGCUUGUCACAAUGUCGGAAUUCCCAUGAUCCUGUCGAGCGCUGCGACGCGAACGAUAGAGCAGAUCGCCGAGGCAAACGCGGACGGGGACCGCUGGUAUCAGCUCUACUGGCCCAAGCCGCAAUGUGAAGAAAUCACCGCGAGUCUUCUGAACCGGGCAAAGAAUGCAGGGUACAAAGUCCUCGUCGUCACUUUGGACACGUUCCUCCUUGGAUGGAGACCCUCAGAUCUCGAUACCGCCUACCUGCCCUUUAUCUGGGGUGAAGGGUGCCAGAUUGGACUCUCAGACCCGGCUUUCAACAAGCUUUUUGAGGAGAUACAGAAGAAUGACCCGCGGAGCGUUGGUGAGAAGCUGGCCGAGUUGUGGACCAUCAUUAGACAACCUGGCACCUUCAAAGGUGCUGCAAAGGUACUUGGCAAUGUCAAUGUCUUGCAAAAGUCCAAAGCCUGGAUCGAUGUCAUGAACUCUGGCACCUACCGAGAAUGGGAAGAUCUCAAAGUGCUGAAGAAACUCUGGGACGGCCCGAUUGUCCUCAAAGGGAUACAAACAGUCCAAGACGCACAAAAGGCCAUCGAAUAUGGCAUGGAUGGCAUCAUUGUCUCCAACCACGGCGGCCGGCAACUAGACGGAGCGAUAGCAUCCCUGGACGCCCUCGCCGAGAUUGCGGCAGACGAAAAAGUCAAAGCCUCCAACUUGACGCUUUUAUUCGACAGCGGUGUUCGAACUGGAUCGGAUGUGCUCAAGGCACUGGCUCUUGGCGCAAAGGCUGUGUGUAUCGGUCGUCCUUAUGUGUAUGGAUUGGCUGCUGGAGGACAGAAGGGCGUGGAGCAUGUUCUCAAGUGUUUAUUGGCGGAUAUGGACAACAGUUUGGGAAAUUGUGGCAAGAAGAGUAUUCGUGAUCUGGGCAGAGACGAUCUUCAGAUUCUGCCACUGUCGAAGCUCUAG